ACUUUGACUUUUUAUUAACGUUUCACCCAUUAGAAAUACGUUAUUCACACUUUAGUAUAUAUUUAUGUAAUUCAUUCCCCCUUUGUAGUUGUUUUUGAAUAUAAAAAUACGAGAACAAGGAGAGAAAAUUUAAUGGAAUUUCUGACCCUGUGACGCGUAAAGACUGAAGCACAAGUGGGAAGAUGUUUGGGGGCACGUGGGGGGUGGGUACAGCAUUUUCACAAAACAUGUAUCUGGGAAGUAGUUCAUUUUCCCCAUGAUGCCAGGCACAUACACCCAGCAGUCCAUUUCUCUUGUCAUAUGUCACUAACCAAAGACUCCAAGAAACAAUGAAAUUGGUCCCAUUUGGCAUGCAUCCAUUUUCUCAAAAGGAAAUAAAGCAAAUACAACAUCUGUACCUAAGAACCACUCUCGUUUUCAUUUGUUUCCACCACUGAAAUUGCUGGACUUCAGAGCAACUUUUCCUUGUUGUAGAAUUAUGUGAGAUGGGAAUCAAUUUAAUAUGUAUUUAAUGAGUAUCUAGAGCGUAUGGUAAGACAAAAAAAAAAAAAAAAAAGAACAACCGAGUUUAGAAUAUUAAUUUCGUAGGCAGCUCCAGAUUUUGAAUCAUUUCCUGAAAAAUUACUUCGGCUUAUGUCAUGCUGGACCAUUUUUUUUUUUCUUGAAAAAAAAAAAAAAACAACUUGAAAACCUCCAAAUUUCCUGCUAGCAGUUAAGACAUUGGGCUGUUUCCUUAUUGACAUGUGCCUCUUCGUACUUCUAUAAUUGUACUCUCUCGAUCGCUUCUCAGCCUUUUGGCCAAGAUCAAGUGUAUAAUUUUACUCUCUCAGCUGAAUGUGAAUGACAUUAGAUAAAGAUGAUUGACAAUGAUAUUUAUUCUGUAUUACAGUUGUCUACUGAACCUCCAGCCCAGAAUGACUACAGACCACAGGAAAAAGUGUCUUCUCCCAGGUCCCCUCUCUCACGCCAUGUGGCGAUAGCUUUGGGACUUCUGAACGCCCUUCUUAUGUGUUUGCUGCUUGUCCCGUGGAUUCUGUGCCAAGGUUCCACUCGUGCCAGUUGUCCUAGUUGUCCAGACUUCUGGGUGAGGUAUGGCGACCACUGUUACUACUUCUCAGUGGAGAAAAACAACUGGGAUUCUAGUCUGGACUUCUGCUUAGCUGAAGACUCCCAUCUCCUUAUGCUUACAGGCUACCAGGAAAUGAGCCUGCUUCAACCUCUCCUCAAAGAGGACUUUUAUUGGAUUGGUCUGAGGAACAAUUCUGGCUGGAGAUGGGAAGAUGGGUCAGCCCUAAACUUUUCAAGGAUUAUUUCAAACAGCUUGAUACAGAAGUGUGGUACCUUCAGCAAAAGUGGUUUCCUAGGCUCUAGCUGUGAGGCUCUUUUACAAGAUGGACGGACAGACAGAGCGCAAGCAGAGGAGGGGCAGAGAGAGAGGAAGACACAGAAUCCGAAGCAGGCUCCAGGCUCUGAGCUGUCAUCACAAAGCCCGACGUGGGGCUCUAACUCACAAACCAUGAGAUCGUGAUCUGAGCCGAAGUCGGACGCUUAACCGACUGAGCCACCCAGGCGCCCCAAGGAAGAAUUCUUAGUUGGCUGAUAGCAUUCGAUCUCGAGCCAAUUGUCCUUUCUAACAGCUCACGUGCAUGAAUGGUGAUACGGAUUUUCCAGUAGGAACCUGAGCAACUAGAGAAUGGGGUUUUUGUUGAAUAAAAAGUGUACCAGUUUUUUUUUAACCCAUUAAAACAAUUACUACUUCCUCGUAAUGUCUAAUACAUGGCUCUGCUCAUAGGGAGAGAUAAAUUCUUUUUACCGGCAGACUCUAUCCAUAUUAAUAUUUUCUUUUUCUAAAGUUUAUUUAUUUAUUUUGAGAGAGAGAAGGAGAGGGAGAGAGCGAAUCCAAGCAGGUUCUGCACUGUCGGUGAGGAGUGUGAUAUGGGUCUUGAACUCACGACUGUGAGGUCAUGACCUGAGCCGAAGUCAGACGUUUAACCGAAUGAGCCACCCAGGGGCCCCCACGUUAAUGUUUUCAAAUAUCUGAAAAACAUUUUUCAAAGCGUAAGCAUACAUGUACAAAAUCAGAGUGGUGUUCUUGUGUUGCUAAUGAAAUCAAUAACAUUACUUUAUAAAAUGGACUAUGAUUAAUACAUCUAGACUGAUCAUCUUUAUCUACCAUUUAUCUAUCAAUCAACCAAUCAACUAACCAUGUAUCUAUCAUCUGUCUAAUUUUUUGUAUCCGUGCAUGUUAAAUGAGAUUGAUAUCACUGAUCAACUCUUGGGAACGCUUCCUAUCCUUUUUUUUUAUGUUUAUUUUUGUGAGAGAGACCGAGAGAGAGUGUGAGCCAGCAUGAGUGGGGGAGGAGCAGAGAGAGACAGAUACUGAAGAUCCGAAGUGAGCUUUGCUCUGACAGCAGAGAACCCGAUGUGGGGCUCGAACUCAUGAACCAUGAGAUCAUUAAUGCCGAACUCAGACGCUUAACCGACUGGGCCACCCAGGUGCCCCAACACUUCUUAUCCUUCGUCGUAACUUUCGACAGGGCUUCUAAAUGAUCAGGCCUGUUUGCGGAAAAGAGUGUUUCCCUGAAGUAAAUGGAAAUGCUCAUAGUGCCAUACUAGUAUGAACAAAUCCAUGCCCACUGGCCUCCCCAAGCCCCCUUGCUCCUGACACUCCCAAGUUCCAGGGAAGCCUGCAGUGGGGAAAGAGAAUUUACAACAUUAUCUUAUGGAACAGAGAAGACGUGCUUUCUCAAAAGGCUUUCCUUCUGAUUGCUCUUCCCAUAUCAUGUACUUCCCAGGUGAAGAGACCCACCGAAAAGGACUUUCCACUUGGAUGUGUUAAGCAAGGCUGCAGGGCCCUUACCUGUUCCACAUAAAUCAACACAUUGUUGUUCCUCGCUUUCUCCUGCCAUCGUGGCUAGAUCGUUCAAGAUGAGGAAAAUGAGAGAAAUCCCCAAUGUUAACUGAAGCCCUUCAAUGCUAAGAGACACGUAGACCAUGGGACUGAAGUCUGUAUUAAAAAAGCUGAGAUUAAAUGUCUUUAAAUGAGUGUGAAGAUAUUUGUCCAGUAGAAUGGAAACAUAUACAGGAAAUUGUGAAUGCCAGUACUUAGACACAAAGGUAAAUAUUCCUAUGACUAAGAAAUAGGUAUCCCUGGCUUUUGUUUAAAGGUAUCCUUUAGGGGCGCCUGGGUGGCUUGGUCGGUUAAGCGUCCGACUUCGGCUCAGCUCAUGAUCUCACGGUUCGUGAGUUUGAGCCCCGCGUCCGGCUCUGUGCUGACCGCUCAGGGCCUGGAGCCUGUUUUGGAUUCUGUGUUUCCCUCUCUCUCUGCCCCUCCCCUGUUCAUUCUCUGUCUCUCUCUGUCUCAAAAAUAAAUAAACGUUAAAAAAAAAAAUAAAAAAAAAAAUAAAGGUAUCCUUUAACCAAAGGUUAAAGGGAGAAGUAUCCUCAAGUUGGAUAGCGAUUCAUUUGAGAUUAUCUAUGAAGGUAUCUUUCUCUAGUCUAACAUUGAUCUCAGCUUUCUCUGAAUUCUCGCGGUAUUUAAAAACUACCAACAAUUUUGGUGCUUAAUUAUAUCUUGCCCUUAAAUGUUACU